AUGGCGCCACGCAUCCCAUCCGACAGCACAGUCGGCUCGAGCAGCCAUGCCUCCUCCCGCAUGGACAUCGACGACCCCGUCUCUCGCCGCACCUCAGUCACGAACAUCUCCAUCCACGACGCCCAACAGGAAGAACUCGAAGACCGCUUCGACUUUCUCACAAAUGCCCUCAACACAAUCCGCUUCGAUGCGCAGCGUGACCUCAAUCUGCAGCCCAAGUCCACACAGCUAGCGCUGAGUACAAAGACUAGACCGAUCUUCAAGGCGUAUGGGAAGCAUGGCUCUGAGGCGCAGUUGAGCAAGGACAUCAAGGAGUUUUUGGGCUCGCAUAACAAUACACGGGGUCUUACUGUUUGGAGUCCUGAGGAGGCAGCGACGAAAGAGAAGGCGGCGAACGGGCGCAUGACACACCUAAAGCUCCUCACCGCUGCGCGCGCGCUCGAUGCUGCACAACGCGAGGCUAUCGCUCGAGAUGAAGACCCGGCUCUGAUCGACCCCACAACCGUCGAGAAUGCAGAUAUCAACAACUCACCGCUCGACGGCCGUCGCACUUUAGUCAACGACGAGGAGUCCCUCGAGCUGGUUCAGGAGAUGGAGUUUGAGCCCGCCAAUAUCCGCAUCUCGUUCCCCGAGGAGGUCGCUGGGAAUAUCCCGCCCGAGAUCCUUACCACCACGAACAAUAUCCUAAACUUGUUGAAUGCGCAGGCCAAUGCGAGACUGGAGGGCUAUGUCGCCAAGUACAUCACCUUACACCCAAGCCCACUGCAGACCCGCAACGGCUACGGCAUCUUGCGUCUGGGUUUGCACGAGGAGUACGCACAGCAGGCCAGCAACCUCUUUGCCACUGCACAGACCAACAACGAUGGUCUGAUGUUCGAGCAAGGCCAGAGAAGCUGGUUGAGGGAGUGUUUUGAUCAUCUGGGUGUGAAGAGGGAAGGGGGAAGGCAAGGGGAAAUGACGGAGCGGGAGAGAGGGCUGAUUGCGAGGGCGGUGGGGCUUGAUGAAGAUGCGGUGGAGGGCUGGUGGGAGAAGAUGGCUGUUGAGACGAGGGGAAGGAAGGGGAUGGCGGUGUGGAUGAGGGCGAGGGAGUUGGAGUUGGUUAGGAAGGCGAAGCUUGAGGGCAGAUACUGA